UUCGAUCGAUUACCAGGAUCGCUACACAACAAGCUUGUGUGUACAGAUAGAGUGUCAAAAGGCGAUCAUUGUGAGUCUUUUCCCCUAAUCUCGAACAUUUCCUGUUGGUUGAGCCUGUGGCUCAUUUUCUCAUCGGCUCAUUCAUACACUUGAGAUUACCUCACCUACAUCUCUACUGUUGUCGAGCUAAUUCAAUAGCAGGCUACCCCAGCCAAUUAGCCCGGGUACUCCUGGUUGACACCCCGAUAUAUUCCCCUUCACUCGCCGCCAGCCAAUCAUCAAUUAAAGCAGCCUUGCUUCCUCUCUGACAUCAUAUCAAGAAUAUUAAACGGGUUAGCUCGUUGCACCGACUGCGCCUUAACUCUAGAACUACGGGGAGAGUAUAGCAUAGAUAGAAGUGGCGCCAUCUUUAUACUCGUGAUAGAAAGAUAUUACCAUGAGUGCAAGCUCCUACAAGGGUGGGCUUGCCGUUGGCGGCCCCGCCUUCGACAAAUCUAAGCUGCAGAUGCGUCGCCCGACCCCGGACAGUGACGUCCUGGCUUCGAGCGACGAGGACCGAGAUCACGUGCCACCAGCACGUUCUGUAAACCCAGCGUACCCAGCUGGGCGCAGACCGUCGUCUGGCUGGCUUCAAGAUAUUCAGCCGAACAGGAAAUACUCACUACCAUCGGUCUCGUUUGCAGGUUCCCAGCCCACCACACCUUCCCUAGAGCUCCCACAGCAGACACGACCGACCACAUCCUCGUUCCCGUGGAACACAUCCAGCUUCACCUCGAAUUCCGCAAGCACGCGCCUCAAGGAGGUGCUUCCCUCACCUACUUCAGCCUACUCCACAGGUGAGAGGCCGCUGCCAUCGCCAACCACCACCCCCGAAACCGAGGAAACUAUCGGCUUUCUUCUGAACCAGACAAACUCGGUGCGCAAAGCUGUCCGCUCACAAUCUUAUAGCGUAGGCCAGAGUGAGACUGAAGCUCCUCCCGCACAAGCCAACCCCCGCCUGCGAUCCUCUCUUCGCCACCGACCAUCCAAGCCUAGCCUCCUCGGCGAGUCUACUGCUGGUCUGGGCCAGCUUCGUGAAGACGACAUCUACGAAAUGGAGUCCACAACGACCAACGACUCCGACCAAGGAGUACGGCUACCAAUGAACUACUGGGAACGCGAGCAGCGCGAUUUGAAGCACCAAGCUCUUCUCAAGCAGGCUGCCGAACAGAAUGCCCGCCGUAACCGUGCAGCUUCUUCGGGAUCUCCCGUGGCGCAACACCCACGCCGAACACCCCAGGGUGUUAGGAACGUGCCGAGCGACUACGCCGUGGAUGAGCAUGAAGAAAACGAUCGCUUUUCCGAAAAUGCUAGGUCCUCGUUGACUCGCCGCUUCAGUGAGCAUGUAGGAAGCAUAGGACGUGACAUUGGGGCCGAUCCUGUUGGUGCAUCUGCUGCACAAGACUGGCUUGGUAAUGUCCCAGCAUUCGCUCCUGAUGCGCUUGGUCGACGGCAUUCAUUCGCCCAUUACACUAGCCAUGCCUCGACUUUCCAACUCCCCACGCUAGACAAUACGCAAGAGGAGGAUGAAGAGGAACUGUCCCCCUUGCAGUCUGCCGAGUCGCCUGUCCCGUCCGACAACUUCGAUCACAAUGCCUACUUCAGCGGAUACGGCCCGGCGUCCCGUGCUCUCAAUGCUUCAUCCAUCUCGGCUGCCCACCCAGACCCAAUCAUAUCCAACGUUCCGUCCAUCACCUCGAAUCCGUACACGGUUCCAUCUACUCUUGGUCGUCCAGGACGUCGAAUCUAUGUCGUCGCCUUCAAGUGUUCACGUGCUGACGUCUUCUACACUUACGACAAUACUGGUCUUGAGAUUCGUCGCGGUGACCUCGUGGUGUGCGAAGGUGAUCGUGGCGUCGACUUGGGACAAGUUACCCACGCGGAUGUGAGCUUGGAAGAUGCUAAGAAGUAUAAGGCACAAGCUUUGGAAGAGCAUUUCCGGUGGCUCGUCAUGUUCUCUCAAUACUCUGUCGCCGGUACAGGCAACAGCAACCCGAUGCUUGGAUCUUUGGCCCGUGCCAACGGGGUCCCGAACAGCGCCAAUCGCGCCCAACUCACCGGCAUGGGGGCACAACAGGACCCAGACGCGAAGCCAAAGAUGAUCAAACGCCUUGCGCAGCAACACGAAAUUUACAGCCUACGCGACAAAGAAGGACAGGAAGCUAAAGCCAAACGACUGGCUGUAACCAAAACAGCCGACCAUGGUUUCCCCAUGGAGAUCCUCGAUGCUGAAUUCCAAGCGGACCACCACAAGAUUACCUUCUUCUACUAUGCCGAGCACUAUGUCAACUUCAACCCUCUUGUUGCCGAUUUGUUCAAGCACUACAAGAUUCGCAUCUGGAUGUCUGCAGUUAACCCUGCCUCUGUAGUCAAUCCUGCUGGCAUGAUGCAAGUCCCCCCACCAUCCGCUAUUGGCCCCGGUGCCAUUCUUCACUCGAACCCAUCAAAUGCAUCGCUCGCCGUCGGUCCUGGCUUUGGCAAUCCUUCAUACCGCUCAAACGAUCAGCGUGGACGCGGUCGUGGCCAGAAUGUGCAGCAAGGCAAUCUUGACGAGGCAUACUAUCCUUUUGCGAACCAAGUUCCUCUUCUCGCCUCUCAGCAAGCAUAUCAGAUGCCACAGUGGGCACACGCACAAGCGAUGGGCUCGGAAAUGUAUGGCCGCUUCGGAGGCAGCCCUAUGAACUACGGGGCAUGGUACCCACCUACGACUUUCUCCGCGUCGCCCGCCUUCAAUCAUGCAUCCAGCAAUGCUUCUUAUCGUGGCGGUUACCCAGCUUCAACUUCUGCACAAGCAGCAUUUGCUGGAGCUAGUCCUAACCUUGGCGCGAUCUAUGGUCAAUACUUAGCAUCCCCUUACAAUGCGUAUGGCGCUGGUGCCAAUGCCGGUAUCAUGAACCAAAAUCCAGGUCAUGGAAACCACGCAGGUCAUUCCUCUACCCCAAGGCCUUCGGCCACGGCAACGCCUCAAGCUUCGUCGGCUUUGAAUGGUGACAUGAACAACGCGCUUGCCAAUAUGACUUUGAGCAAGUAA